AAAAGGGCGAAACGAGGUCGACGGUGUCCAAAAUCUCCUCUGAGCCAUGUCGGGGUUACCCAUGGACCUGGCCCGCGCGAAUACGGGCUUGCCAGCUCUCAAGCGUCAAUUCCCGCACCUGGAGGAAGAUGCUUUGGCCCUGUUCUUGGAGACGGCAGAGGGGGCAUGCCUUAGCAAUGAAUCACUUGCGGCCUUGAUGGAGAUGGAGAAGGAUGUGGCAGCUGGGAAGGAGGAUCAGUUUGGCCAUUUGCCAACCCGUGGCUGCAAAGUGCAGCGCAAUGAAGCAUCCACCCUGGAGGUGCUUUUUGAGGGCGGCGACAGCCCACCCCAUGUGGGCACGGUGCUGCACAUUUCGGGGCUCGAACGCCCGGACACCAAGGCGCCCUGGGCCGGCAUUGUUCUUCCAACUGGAGAGGUCUUGGCCUUGCAAGUGUGCCAGGAUGGACCGACUAGCUUUUUGUUGGAGGACUUUGGCAUGCACGAGUUGCGAUUGUGCACUGGCUCUGCCGUGGAAAGGUCUUGGUUCAUGGUCAGCUCUCCCCUGGGCGAAUACGGGGAAGCGCUGGACUUGUUCAAUGACGCGUAUGACUGGGUGUGGGAUGGUUCUUGGAACAACGAGCUGGAAGAGUCAGUUCUGAACCUGCUGGUGGCCUUGGACGAUGCAUUUCAACCUUCGGCCUCCGGCGGUGUCUCCAUUUCGGACAUGGUGAAGUCAAGUCUUGCAUCACCCAAGCAGCGUAUCCAGAAGUACCUCUCCAAAGCGAUCGAGUCACAGGACCCCUUGUCUUUGGGACGUGCUGUGGGAAGUCUUCGUGCGAUGACUUUGGUCCAGAGCCUCUAUGACACCUUCACCAACGAGGGUAUGCAGGGCAACCAAUUCUACCAGACGAUCAUUGCUUUUGAAACAGAGCGUUUGAAGGCAAGCAGCAGUGGGAAGCAAGAGCAGCUGAAUCGGGCUCUGCGGCGGAUGGUGUUGGCAGCAGAUGCACAUGUGGCAGACCUGUACAGCUACGGCCGGGGUCAGGACUUCAUCCAGCGAUGGAGUGGAGGGCUUCGGUCGGAGAUUUGGGCCAUGCUGGAAGGUCAGGCACCCAUGCACCCAAUGCCCUUCCAGCAGAUGAGAGGGGGUGGUGGUGGCUACGUGGCUGACAUGCUCGCCAGCAUCAUGUCUUCGGGCGCCAGCUCGGGUGCGCAGCUCGCUCGCGCGGAGACCACGGAGGCCAUGACCAGCCUGGCGCCCGAGGAGUCCUUCGCGGUGGCCCAGUCCAAAAUGAAGCGCUGGUGCGAGAGCCUGGUGGAUGAACAGAUUAGCAUUGGUCAUCCUAUGUCGCCGUUUGAGCUGAAGAUUGGAGACGCAGACCGGGUGCUUGCUACGCUGCACAGCACGUUAAGUCUGGGUUUGGGCUACGUUUCUUCCACCCCAGGAGAGGUCUUCGAGUCUGCCAGACUGGUGGCACUUCUGGAUCGGGUCCGUGCAUCUUUGCCACUGCAUGCGCAGCAGGACUUCUUGCGAGAGAAGAAGCGGAAGGAGCGGCUUAAAGAUGUGUGUCGCGUGCUGCGGGCUGCACGGAAGAAGGGCUAUCGCCUCUCCCUCUCAGUGAAUACUGACUUCAAGGGGGCACUUCAGGCGCUCCGGGAACAUCACGAGGACAACUGGGUCGGUCCAGCCCUGGAAGCCGUUUGGGACCUCAUGCUGGAACGGAAGCGGGUCUUCGCAUUUGAGCUGUGGCUUCACGAGGCCGACAAGCCGAAACAGCUCGUUGCGGCGGACUUUGGCCAUGCCCACACCUUUGGGCGCGCCUACUAUGUGGCCACGCGCUUCUUUGACCGAACCCAUCGUACCUUGCAGCCUGGUUUUUUGCUCGCUUAUGCUGAGGCGGAAUGCUUGCGGCGUGCUGGCUUUGAGCUUUGGGACUUGGGCGGAGCCGAUCAUUCGCCCAUGAUGCAGUAUAAGCCCCAAGUGGCGCUGGAGAUGCAUCGCAGUGAGUUCUUGUUGCGCCUCUUGGAGAUCUCUCGUGCGGAGUUCGCAGCGGCGGAAGAGGACCAAGCGCAGAACCUCAGCCGAGCUGAAAGCCUGAUGAAGCCCAUGACAGACCUGGGUGCAGCACCACCUCCAUGCGGCGAACGUGUCCCGCAAGGCGUCUUCUUCGAGGACAUCCAAGAAGAGGAUCUUUGGGGUGCUGUGGCCUUGAAAAGUCAUGAUCAGCCUAAGGCGAAGGGAGAAAAAAACAAAAGCAAAAAGCCUCAGGGAAAGGCAGCUGCAAAAGAGACACAAGCUGUCCAAGUUCAAGAAUCAGUCUACACACCACCGCCCAGACCAAAGUCAGAACAGCCGAGUGACAAGGAUGAUGCCAAACGGCUGUUCUUGAGCGCGUACCAACAAUUCCUUGCAGAAGGCCUCUCUGAAACAGAGGCUGCUGCCAAAGCUUUGAAAAGUAUCCGAGGCUGAGGCUGGAGCUGAUCUGAGAUGGCAAACGUCAUCUGAAGUGAAGCGGUUCUGCAAAAUGUAGCAACGCUGCUGCUGGAUAUGUUUCCUAGACUUUCCCAUCUUGCUAGCCAUAGUGGCCUUCCCAACGCUCUUCC